AUGCUCAAGAUUCAGAUGCAAGUUUCUUCUUUGCAGGAAGCAUGUACAUCAUGUGUUUGCUUUCAAUGGUUUUAUUGGCUGAUAAGACUGAAAAGUUUGUCACUAAUGAUGACAAAUAACACCUACAUACACCACUCCUACAUAUUCUGUAUGUAUAUUCUCUCUCUCUCUCUCUAUCUAUCUAUCUAUCUAUCUAUCUAUCUGCAUAUACCUAUGUUCGAAACCGUUUGGAAGACGCGUCGACUCGACAGCAUCCGUUUUCGACAAUUUUCCUGUCUUUGUGGCGAACGACCCAAAACAGUUGUAGCAAGCAGAUGCUUUCACUCUCACUGCCUCUCUCUCUCUCUCUCUCUCUCUCUCUCUCUCUCUACUGCUUGGCUACAAAACACAGCUGGAUUUAUACGUUACACUUUACUGCAAAAUGCCGACCCAAACGAGACCCGGUACAUUACUUGGAUAACUUCGAUUUAUGCUGGUAUGGUCAAUGCUGUUGCACCCAUCGCCAGUCUUUUUGUAUAUAAAUACGGUUGCCGAACGUCAGUCAUUGUUGGUGGGACUUUCGAAACUCUUGGCUUUGUCAUUUCCUACUUUACUAGGGAAAAAUGGGUUUAUUUUAUCUCAUACAGCCUCAUGUCAGGUCUGGGUUCAGGAUUAACCUUCAUUACUGCAAUGGUAAUACUCAACUUCAAUUUCGAACGCUACCUUUCCGUGGCAUCCGGAAUCUCUUGUUCCGGACAAGGCAUUGGUCUUACCUUCAUGCCAAUUAUCACUAAUUUUCUUUUUGAGAAGUAUGGCCUUCAAGGCACGUUUCUUCUUCUGGGUGGCAUAACUCUACAAAAAUGUAUCUUUGGAGGAUUGAUGAGACCGUCCGCUCUUGAAUUAGAUCAAAUUUCCAAAUUUGGAAAGACCAAAACGAUCAAGAAUCCAAAAUGCCUAAAGGAUUUACCAAAAUCAGCUGAAUUUGAAGACCAAGUGUCUGUCGGUGCAGACACAGAGAAUGCGCAAAUUCAAGAAGAGUUUCGUCAGAGUUGCAUAUCUGACAUAUUACCCAACGAACAUGAAAUCGAGGAAGAAGGGAAAAGCGGACAAUCGUUCAUUGUUUCUGCUGUUUUGGAAGACGAAGCUGAAGCUAAAGAUUGGUCUGUUCACGUUAUUUCCGGUGAAGAGAACAUGGCAAUCACCGGAAUUGAUAAUUCAACGGCAGCUUUUGGCUUUGUCAUUUUCACAAAAGCAGUAGCCGGAAUUUUUGGUCCGCCAUUGGCAGACGCUAUUGCCGCAUCUGCACAAGAUUCAAAUGCAUGUUUCUUUUUGUCAGGAUGCAUGUACAUCAUAUGUAUGCUUUCGAUGAUUUUAUUAAAUGAUGGAUCCGAAAGGUUUGUUAAUAAUGAUAUCAAAUAA